AUGACCGAUCCAGGUCACCCGAAUAGGUUUGACGAUAAUGCAACUGUUCAAUCAAAACUCGCUCAGCACAUUCAAUAUCUUGAUUGCACGACUACGCUGAACACCAUGCCAUUGACAACGCCUACCACGAUGCGUCCAUUGAACUCUUGGAUGGCUUUCCGAAGCUAUUAUGCAAGAAUGUUUACCGACGCCCAACAGAAGGAGAUUUCGACCUACUUAACGACGCUAUGGCAACAGGAUCCGUUCAAAGCGAAGUGGUCGAUCUUAGCCAAAGUCUACUCCAUUAUCCGGGACUGCCGCGGAAAAGCGCUGGCUCCUCUGGACAAGUUUCUCGAAAUUUCCUGCCCAGCAAUUGGCAUCAUUCCUAUUCAUGACUACCUUCCCAAGCUGAACUGGGUUAUGAAUAUCCAAGACGAUGGCAGCAAAACUCUGAUCCAAACUGGCCCCCCGGAUAUGGCAACUAUGGAAGACCAAUUCAAACAUACUACAAUGAGCGAGAGUGAGAUCAUUGCACUUUGCAUCAACCGUGGUUAUAUGCCAACUGCCAAAGAAGUAUUUCGGGACAUGGACAAUAAUGGCCAGCGGCUUAUGGCUUCGCUCCCUCAGUUCAACCCAACGCCAGCUAAAGUUGAGUUCCUCCAAAACGUCUCCAAGGACCCUCUUGGCAUGGCAGCAAAAAUUUUCGACCUUGACAGGGACCACCCUUAUUUGGAACUGAGCUUCCCGUCAUUGAUUUGGACUGGGAGAAUGACGGAUAUAUACAACCCACCAGACAACACGUUGACUGUCGGCAAUGGAAUGGACAACGAGUACUACAACACUUUUGACCUCAGCAAUCCAGCACAGACAACUGAAUAUCUGGCAAGCCUGGGCUAUACGCGCCCACUGAUUCAACUACCACCUAUCGAACGCAGCGAAAGCUACGCGCUGGAGGAUUCGUUCUAG